AUCACAAUCCCAGUAUCCCACGUUUGUAAUUACCUAGCACAAGAACCAGGAAGAGAAGUUUGAAUGCAACACGCGUCCUAUCUUUCGGGCAACAACUUCGAUGCGAGUUUUAUAAUGCGGAUUAUUUUAAAGUGAUCGGCCAUGUCUGAUAAGGGUCCUUUAUUAACGUCAGGUAUAAUUUUUUACCUAUCGAUCGGGGCAGCGAUAUUUCAAAUACUUGAAGAACCCAAAUGGAAACUGGCCAAGUCCGAAUAUUCCCGUCAAAAGGAAAUCAUUCUUAAAACAUAUCCGUGCUUGACUAAAGAAGAUCUGAACUAUAUUUUGCGGGUAUGUAGGGAUUCAAUUUAGAAUACAUAUAUUAUAUUCCCAAUCGUUGUUUUAAUGAUGAUCAUUAUUGUGUUGUCAGCUUGGUCUGCAUUGGAACUUUAUUAGAUCUUUAAAAUGGUAUUUUACACUAUGGUCAAUUCCAAGGUGUUACAGUGAUGCUGAGACUCGGAUUUUUCACUUUAAAAUGUAUGUCUAACAAAAACCUAUAAUUGCAAAGUUAAACAAACCAUACAACUCUUUGCACUUUGCAUCUGCACUGUUCUUCAAGUAAAUGUAUUGUUGUAAAAAUUUCAGUGGAAAUGGUGAAAAGUAGUCCUUGUGCAUAGAGUUGUAUGGUUUGUUUAACUUUUUUGCAAUCAUUGUUUUUUGUUUAUUUUAAAGUGAAAAAAUCCGAGUCUCAGAAUCCCUCUGUUACCGUAGAAUUGCCACUAUGUUUUAGGCCUACAUUAUUUCUGUUCUACAACAAUUUAGGACCAUGGAUGUUGUCCCUGGAAAAUAAACAUACCCAGUAAGCGAAAAGAUGUUGAAAAAACGUGUUUUCCAGAGGUUGACAUCUCGUGCAUUUCAGGUGCUGAAUGAAAGGUUAGAAUACUUCUUUUCCGGGACCUCGAAAAUAAGUGUUAUAUGGACGUCAAAAAUAUGUAUUUUCCAGACGUUGUAAAUACGUAUUUUCCGGACGUUGAAAUCAGGUGCAUUUUAGGUGCUGAAUGAAAGGUAAAAUAGGUAUUUUCCAGACGUUGAAAAUAUGUAUUUUUCAGUCAUUGAAUUGUAAACUGUUACACAUUUUCAAUAUUGUAAGAAACAAAAUAUUUAUUAUUGCUCCCAUCUAUCACAUGCAGUUAUGUUAGCUUUUUCUAAUGUUUUAAAACUGGCAGCAAUGAUGUUCAAAGUAGUCCGACAUACAGAAUAAACCAACAGACCACUUUAACUACAAUAACAUUCUCAGUAACGGUUACAGAUUAUUUAUUUAUUGCUAUGACUGUAUAUGUUGUUGUUUAUCUACCUUAGUUGAAUGCACUGAUACUAUUGGCCAACUUACAAUCGAUUGAUAAUAAAGUGGCCGAACUACAGGCACAAAUAUCCUACCAACAGGACAUUAAAAACAGUAAUAUCUUAUGUUUCACCGAGUCGUGGAUGAACAAAGAUAUGAAGACAUGAAUAACCCACAGCUGGUGGGUUAUACACUGUAUCGGCAGGAUAGAACAACAGCCUCUGGUAAGACAAGAGGCGGCGCUCCUAGUGGCCAUGGACUUUAUUGCAGGGAAACUUAAAUCCGUUUUACCUCAUUUCUACCAGCAUGUUAAAUGUGCAACCAGGGGGAAAAAAUACUCUAGACCACCUUUACUCCACACACAGAGACGCGUAUAAAGCUCUCCCUCACCCUCCAUUUGGCAAAUCUGACCAUAAUUCUAUCCUCCUGAUUCCUGCUUACAAGCAAAAACUAAAGCAGGAAGCACCAGUGACUCGGUCAAUAAAAAAAGUGGUCAGAUGAAGCAGAUGCUAAGCUACAGGACUGUUUUGCUAGCGCAGACUAGAAUAUGUUCCGGGAUUCUUCCGAUGGCUUUGAGCUGUACACCACAUCAGUCACUGGCUUCAUCAAUAAGUGCAUCGAUGACGUCGUCCACACAGUGACUGUACGUACAUACCCCAACCAGAAGCCAUGGAUUACAGGCAACAUCCGCACUGAGCUAAAGGGUAGAGCUGCCGCUUUCAAGGAGCGGGACUCUAACCCGGAAGCUUAUAAGAAAUCCCGCUAUGCCCUCCGACGAACCAUCAAACAGGCAAAGCGUCAAUACAGGACUAAGAUUGAAUCGUACUACACCGGCUCCGACGCUCGUCGGAUGUGGCAGGGCUUGCAAACUAUUACAGACUACAAAGGGAAGCACAGCAGCAAGCUGCCCAGUGACACAAGCCUACCAGACGAGCUAAAUUACUUCUAUGCUCGCUUCGAAGCAAGUAACACUGAAACAUGAAUGAGAGCAUCAGCUGUUCCGGACGACUGUGUGAUCACGCUCUCCGUAGCCGAUGUGAGUAAGACCAUUAAACAGGUCAACAUUCACAAGGCCGCAGGGCCAGACGUAUUACCAGGACGUGUACUCCGAGCAUGCGCUGACCAACUGGCAAGUGUCUUCACUGACCUUUUCAACCUUUCCCUGUCUGAGUCUGUAAUACCAACAUGUUUCAAGCAGACCACCAUAGUCCAUGUGCCCAAGAACACUAAGGUAACCUGCCUAAAUGACUACCGACCCGUAGCACUCACGUCUGUAGCCAUGAAGUGCUUUGAAAGGCUGGUCAUGGCUCACAUCACUCCAUUAUCCCAGAAACCCUAGACCCACUCCAAUUUGCAUUCCGCCCCAACAGAUCCACAGAUGAUGCAAUCUCUAUUGCGCUCCACAAUGCCCUUUCACACCUGGCCAAAAGGAACAUCUAUGUGAAAAUGCUAUUCAUUGACUACAGCUCAGCGUUCAACACCAUAGUGCCCUCAAAGCUCAUCACUAAGCUAAGGACCCUGGGACUAAACACCUCCCUCUGCAACUGGAUCCUGGACUUCCUGACAGGCCGCCCCCAUGUGGUAAGGGUAGGUAACGGCACAUCCGCCAUGCUGAUCCUCAACACAGGGGCCCCUCAGGGGUGCAUGCUCAGUCCCCUCCUGUACUCGCAGGCACGACUCCAACACCAUCAUUCAGUUUGCCGAUGACACAACAGUGGUAGGCCUGAUCACCGACAACGACGAGACAGCCUAUAGGGAGGAGGUCAGAGACCUGGCCGUGUGGUGCCAGGACAACAACCUCUCCCUCAACGUGAUCAAGACAAAGGAGAUGAUUGUGGACUACAGGAAAAAGAAGAGGACCGAGCGCGCCCCCAUUCUCAUUUACGGGGCUGUAGUGGAGCAGGUUGAGAGCUUCAAGUUCCUUGGUUUCCACAUCACCAACAAACUAACAUGGUCCAAGCACACCAAGACAGUCGUGAAGAGGGCACGACAAAACCUAUUCCCCCUAAGGAGACUGAAAAGAUUUGGCAUGGGUCCUCAGAUCCUCAAAAGGUUCUACAGCUGCACCAUCGAGAGCAUCCUGACUGGUUGCAUCACUGCCUGGUAUGGCAACUGCUCGGCCUCCGACCGCAAGGCACUACAGAGGGUAGUGCGUACGGCCCAGUACAUCACUGGGGCCAAGCUUCCUGUCAUCCAGGACCUCUAUACCAGGCGGUGUCAGAGGAAGGCCCUAAAAAUGGUCAAAGCCACCCUAGUCAUAGAUUAUUCUCUCUGCUACCGCACGGCAAGCGGUACCGGGGCGCCAAGUCUAGGUCCAAGAGGCUUUUAAACAGCUUCUACCCCCAAGCCAUAAGACUCCUGAACAUCUAAUCAAAUGGCUACCCCCCCCCUCUUUUACACUGCUGCUACUCUCUGUUUAUUAUCUAUGCAUAGUCACUUUAAUAACUCUACCUACACGUACAUGUUACCUUAAUUACCACGACUAACCGGUGCCCCCGCACAUUGACUCGGUCCCGGUACCCCCUGUAUAUAGCCUCGCUAUUGUGAUUUUUACUGCUGCUCUUUAAUUAUUUGUUACUUUUAUUUAGUAUUAUUUUAUAUAGGAUUUUUUGGGGAUUUUUUUGGUAUUCUUUCUUAAAACUGCAUUGUUGAUUAAGGGCUUGUAAAUAAGCAUUUCACUGUAAGGUCUACACCUGUUGUAUUCGGCGCAUGUGACAAAUACAAUUUGAUUUGAUUUGACUGUAAGUCACUCUGGAUAAGAGCGUCUGCUGAAUGGCCAAACUAUAAAUGUAAAAACAAACACUUGCAAAGCAUGUUGGGUAUUAUUCUAAUGAACUACGCCCCCAAAUAAGUACACAUUUGGUUGGUGCGGACCAGAUCCACGUCUAUGUUUGGGCCAAAUAGAGGCCGGUCCGGACGGCUAUGAUUGGUUCAGAUUGGUCCUGAAAUCAGGGCACCAAAAAAAUACCCCCAAAAUACGGAGGACCAGAUAAAGACAUCCAAAAGACGUCGCCUGAAGUCAAAUGCUUAAUGGGUAAUUCUACAUGAAAAAAUAACAAUGUAGAUAAUCUGAAAUGAUUUAAUCUAAAGUCCCUUGUCAGUACUGAUAUGGCUGUGUUAUUGAGAAUAUAUGUGUAUAUUUUUAAAUAGAUACUACGCUAUUUAAUAGAUACUACGCUUAUUAAUCAAGUUUCAAUUAUAGCAACAAAACACAACACUCUGAUGAGCCUAUAAGCAUUUUCAUUCAUUUUCUCUCUGCUCUUUAACCAACGGAGCCAAGCCAGCAUGUUGGGACAGUUCAGAAGAACUGGUUUGGCAUUUUCAUUGCUUGGAUAACAGUGCAGAUGCAAAGUUUGGUAACAGAAUGACGGCAGAAAACAGCACAAACCGUCAUUCUGUUUCCAAACUUUGCGUCUGCACUGUUCUUCAAGUCAAUAGGUUUUCAGUGGAAAUGGUUAAAAGUAGUCAUUGUGCAUAGAGUUGUAUGGUUUGUUUAACCUUGCAAUCAUUGUUUUUUUAAAUGGAAAAAGCUGAGUCUCAGUGUCACUCUGCUACCGUGGAAUAGCAAAGGGGCAGCAUCUUUUCAGAGGGCGUAGUCUCUCCAGACAUCCGGGUUGCCUCCAAUGUUUCAAUGCCACUGCUGUUGUCAGGUUUACGAGACUACAGAGGGCGUUUUCAGUCCAUAUAUUAUUGUUGUGUGAUUCAAUUAGAAGGUUCUGGAAAUAUAUAAGAGGGGUCUAUUGUCUGUGUGCAAUGAUUAAAAUAUAAGUUUUCAAACAAAUCAAAGUGGGAACAUUUUUAUAUUUUUAUUUGCUCAGUCGCAGUGAACUUAGAUUCCCAAAGUAACUCUAGAGCUGUGUUUACCCAGAGUGUGAAGACUCCUAAACUUCAUCACACUGAAACCCGUCAACAUUUAAGAUAACCCCAAUCAGCUCAGUUUGUGUGAUAACCCACUCUGUUCCCUAGGUGGUGUCAGACGCUGCUGGACAAGGUGUGACCGUUACUGGAGAGAAUACCUACAACAACUGGGAUUGGACCAAUUCGGUUGUCUUUGCUGCCACUAUUGUCACUACCAUAGGUGGGCAAUAUCUUGAAUACAACACUGGAAACAUUGAAUCAUGUACAUCUCUCCGAUAACUGCUGCCAACUCAGUUACCCAAUGUCUAACCAUAGCAGAAAUGAAGCUGCCACCCCUGUCUGAAAGCCUAUACGUUUGUGAUUUGCAGGUUAUGGUAAUGUUGCCCCAAAAACGGUUGGUGGCCGUAUAUUCUGCAUCCUGUAUGGCCUGUGUGGGAUCCCUCUCUGCCUCACCUGGAUUAGUGAGCUGGGCUCAUUCUUCGGAGACAGAGCCAAGCGCCUGGGACAGGUCCUGAUACGCAAACGCUUUAGUGUGGUAAGACUCACUGGGAGUCUCUCAGCACGUUCAAUGUGGUGAUUUGGAUUUCUAUCAAUGACUUUGGGGGAGGUGCAAUACAUGACUUAAUCAUAUAUUAACAGAGGAUUAACCAUUAACAAGCCACAUUUAGCCACUGUAGCUGCGUAGGUACUAAUUACUGAAUCCUGUAUGGUCCAACUAAUGUAGAAGAAUUAGCCUACAAGAGAUGUUAGCUUUUUUACCAGAUCUGGUGGAACACUCAAAAAUGACAAUUGACAUGGUCAAAUCAAGGGGAUUGGUCUAACAUUGUCACUUGUGUCACAUGCCAUUGCUCUCACCAUGCUUUAGUUUCUGCUUUGGUUGCUCUCUGGGGUUUAUAAAAUAAAUUUGAAUGAUUGAUUGAUUCUCCCUGCGUGACGUCUGCAGAAAAAGGUCCAGUUGAUCUGUACGGCCAUCUUCCUCCUGUGGGGUCUGCUGGUACACCUGGUGAUCCCCCCGUUUGUGUUCAUGUCCCUGGAGGGAUGGUCCUACCUGGAGGGCUUCUACUUCUCCUUCAUCACUCUCACCACUGUCGGCUUCGGGGACUACGUCGCAGGUAGUUACAUAGACUUUUCAUGGAGUAGAUGGCAUUCCUUGGAAAAAUAUAAGUUUAUGUUAAAGAGAUAUGUGAAGAAUGAUAUCACCUAAUUCACGUUAGAGGACCAUGAAGUUCUUUGGAGGUGGAUUCAUUGCCUGGUGCAUCCUGCUUGGUCCAAGCCGAAGAUAGGGUCAUAUAUACUUCAUUGAACUAUGUGGAACAGAGUAAAUAGGCAUUUUAACGUCAUAGAUUUAGCCGGUGGUAACUUGUGGAAUAGACACCGGCAGGAAUGCGGUUUUAACCAAUCAGCAUUCAGGAUUAGAACCACCCGUUGUAUAAAGUUAAUUAAACUAUGUUCUCUUUUUGACUCCACAGGUAUCAAUCCGAACAUAGACUACCCGAGGCUGUACCGGGUGUUAGUAGAGGUGUGGAUUUACAUGGGUCUGGCCUGGCUGUCUCUGUUCUUCAGCUGGAACGUCCACAUGGUUGUGUCGGCCCACAAGGUCCUGAAGAAGAGGAGGCAGAGACACAGGAUGGACCACCUGGACCAUCGAUGGCAGCCCGAGAAGGACGACAUCCGCAGCCCUCGCCGCCUCCCCACCGCCGUCGACAUCUUCAACUUCCUCUCUGAGAAGCAGGAGGACUACAGCACCGCCAUCAGGCAGAUCGGUGCUGCCGCAAAGCCGAAGACAGGGAAGGAAUUCAAGGAGAUGAGUCGCUCGAAGAGCUGUAGCGACAUCCUGGGGACGAAUAUCCAAACCCUGGAGCAUUCCCCACGCCGCCUGAGGCGCCACCUCAGCAUCAGUCACAAUAUGUUACUAAGUAGCUUUGGGAUGGGAGAGGAGGGGCAGAGGCUUAUCGAGGACGACCCUGUCUUUAUGGGAGACCCUGUGUUUGAGGAGAACUGUCUGGGUAGAGAGACUAAAGAGGAGGAGGCUGUUAAUGUGUCCAACUCAAAAGAGAACCUCAACCCCGCCGAUCUAGAUCCUAACAUCAACAAAGAGGAGAAUGUUCAGAACCAAGAUGGUGGAGAGAAUAGGUUUACUGUAUCA